AUGCUUCCAGCAACACAAAUUAAAAUUAAUAGCGUGAUAAGGGGCGGAGAAGUGAUAAAUGAAGUUGAAUUAAUUUUGAAACACAAGAAAUUUUUGAAAUAUCAUUUCCCAAAAUGUGAUGACAAGCAUUGCAGCAGACCAUGUCUAUCUGUAGCUUUAUCUUUAGAUUACAAGCAAUUGAUUAAAAAGGAAAAAUCUUUAAGAACUCGUGAAGAAACUUGUCUUCAUAACUCAAAAUAUAAUAAAAACAGAAUAAAUCAACAAAAACAUCUGGCAACUCUACAAGACUUAUCGCUUUGUAGAUGA